CAUCACUUUCGUAAUCGUUGUCACUCUCAGUGGUUCAUUUCCAUUUUCGCUCCAGCUAUUUCUCAAAACACCGAACGGCUGCAGAAUCUUCCUUUAUACAUUACCGUUUGUAUAUAUACACCCAAAAGAUAAAGCUUUGACCCAGUUCUCUCUUGCUCUGGUUGCUGAGGCACUUGGGAAGAAAAUGGCACAAUAUUGUCAAAGUUUGGUGCUUUUGUUAGCUGUGCUAGUACUGGGAUUAAGCUUACCAUGUUCAGAUGCUAUUCGCAUCAAUAAGGUCAAGACCAGGACUAGCGUUUAUUACUCCCCUAAGAUUGUAUUAGAACCAGGGUCAGUUGCAGACAAAUAUUUCUAUAGCAUCAACUUCCCAAAAGGCCAUAUUGCUAUAAAGUAUUUCAAUGCUGAAGUGAUUGAUGAAGAAGGGAAUCCCAUUCCUCUUCACGAAACUUAUCUGCAUCAUUGGGUUGUGGGAAGAUAUUAUGCCCGGUCAAGUUAUGUGGAACCAGAGCAGAUUGGUUUUGAGCAUAUUGAAAAGUCCGAUUUUCAGUUUGUGAGAAACAGUGGUUUGUGCCAGAAUAAUGUUCUUGGACAGUACUACGGACUUGGGUCAGAAACACGAAAGACAGACACACAUGUACCUGAUCCUUUUGGAAUAGAGGUUGGCAACCCUGCAGAGAUUCCUGCCGGAUAUGAGGAGAGAUGGAUGCUCAAUGUUCAUGCUAUUGAUACUCGGGGAGCAGCGGAUAGGUUGGGAUGCACUGAAUGCAGGUGUGAUCUGUAUAAUGUAACAAAAGAUGGACGAGGGCAGCCUUUGAGGCCAGGGUACACAGGGGGUCUGCACUGCUGUUAUGAUGGUACACAAUGCAGCAUAAAACAAGGUUAUAAUGGUGUCAAGAGAAGCCUCUACUUGAGAUAUACUGUGAAGUGGGUUGAUUGGUCUGAUUCUGUUGUGCCUGUCAAGAUUUAUAUUUUUGAUGUCACUGACAGAACGGAUCAUUCAGCAGGAUCCUUCAUUAAACAUGAUUGCCGGGUCGAGUAUAAUGUUGAGCCUUGCAGUACUGUCGAUGAGGUUAAUGAUCAGUGCCUUCACAAUCAAAGGGCAGUGAUUACUAUGCCAACUGGUGGCUAUAUCGUCUACGGUGUGGCCCAUCAGCACACUGGGGGGGUCGGUGCAACUCUAUAUAGAGAGGAUGGACGGGCUCUAUGUUCCUCAAUACCAAUAUAUGGACAAAGUGAGGAAGCUGGAGAUGAGGCUGGUUACAUUGUAGGAAUGUCAACUUGCUAUCCACGUCCGGGCACUAUCAAAAUAAUGGAUGGAGAGACACUGGUUGUGGCUUCCAAUUACAGCAGCUCGCAGCCACACACAGGAGUUAUGGGCCUCUUCUACAUCUUGGUUGCAGAGAACCUUCCAAAGUCCUCCUUGCUUAUGGACUCUUCACUUUAAAUCUGGUGGUGUUGUCAGUUAAUUAAAGCUGCUAGUUUUGUGAUUAAGGCAUCUUGAAUAUACUGUUUCACUUGUCACUCUGAUGUAUAGACGUUUUGUAGCCAAUGUACGUUGUCCUAUAGCAAUAAGUUCAGAGUUUGGCAAUUGGCAUUGGCAUCAAAUAAGUGACCUCACCCAAUAGAUUCUGACAAUUUCUUCCCAGAAUAUGAUCGGUGGUUUCCAGUUUCAGUGUCUCAGUUUGUAUACCAAGCAAAUCUCAUUUUCCACAAUGUGAGAAGCUCUGCAUGAUUCACAUUUCCUAUGCCAAAACUAAGAUUGACACACACAAUUAUGGAAAUAAGAUCAACAUACAAUUAAGGAUUGCGAUGCAGAAAAUUCAAAAAGAGUAAUUGAGUAUAAAUGUUAUUAUUGGCAUAAGCUGGAACAGCUGUAAGAGCGGGUAAAACAUGAAGCAUGUUACUCAUGGUGGUGUUAACAACUAGGUUUAAUCAUUAGGAUUAGUGCUAAUAUUCUCCAAUCUUUCCUAUAAAUAGAUAGCUUAAGCAUUGUAUCAAUCAUCAAACAAUCAAUACAAAUCCUUAUAAUCAAGUUGGUAUCAGAGCAACUUACUUGGUUGGUUGCAAAUUUCCUCCAUUUUUUCCUCCCGUCUGGCGUAGGUGUUUUUGCCAGACGUCAAGAUAAGCAAUAACACUGUCUCUGCUCUCCGCUGUCGCCUCCUCCGGUGCCACUGCCUCUUUCGGAAGCCAGCCCCGACGCCGCGUCAAAACAUCUGGAUCAGCGUGCCCGUGCCUCCCCUCGGUCCGACCUCAGCUCCGUCGCCCCCUCCAUCACCGACGCAGCAGCAGGACGACCCGAGACCGGGUGAUCCACAACAGCCCUGACGCAGCAGCGCCGACCCGAUCCCCGGUGCUCCGACGCAGCAGCAGAGCCGACCUCCACACCGUCGUCGCCUCGCCGGCAGCAGCAGCAGCGCGACCCGGAAAUCGUCGGUUCUGAUUGUGCUGAUUUCGGAAGCAAAGAAGGGUUUUUUAUUAACCCUGAUCUCCCGCAAUUCGACCCAAGAUCCGACCCGAGAUCCGACCCGCGAUCCAACCCGCGAUCCGACCCGAGAACCGGCCCACCCAUUUUCUACUGCCUUUUUCAGUGCUUUUUCACCGACAGUGCUUGUUCACUGAGGCAGGCUUGUUCACUGAGGCAGGUUCCUAUCAGUUUUUUGUUUCCGCUGCAUUAUUACUGAUUUGUGAUUUGAUUUGAUUUACAAUGGGUUAUGGAGACAAAGACGAGAGUUCUCAGGUCAAUGAUAUUCAGAAAUUUGAAGUCUCUGUCAAGAAUUCUGACAGUGGUUCUUUUGGAGGAGCCAAACUCAAUGGGGCCAAUUUCCGUAAAUGGAAGAAAAUUAUGACAGCCCAUCUCCGAGGAAUGCACAAGAUAGGACAUGUCACUGGAGUCACUAAGGCUCCCAAUGCAGAUGCGGUUGUUGCCUACACUAAAUGGGACGAUGAUGAUGGCCUUGUAAUGUUUGUCUUGUUCAAAGCCAUGAAUGAAGAGAUACUUGACCUGGUAGCAGAAUGUGAUACCGCGCAUGCAAUAUGGACGACAUUGGAAGUCCUAUUUACUAAUGACUCUGAUUUUAUACAGGUUCAUGAGUUAAUGUGCACAGCCUUUGCAAUGCACCAGGAUGGGCAACCGGUGGCGCAAUAUUUCACUAAACUAAAGAAUAUUUGGGCUGAGAUUGAUGUGAAACGUCCUUGCAUGAUCAAGAAUCAUGAGGAUAUUGUUUGGUACCAAAAAGAGAAGGAGAUUGAGCGAGUUCACCAUUUCUUGAAAGGUCUUGAUGCAAAGCAUAACAGUGCGAAAUGCGAGCUACUCAGAAAGACCGAACCUCCUAGCCUAAUCACAGCUUUCACAUUUAUCCGUAAGGAUGAGUCUCAGCAUGAGAGUCUUCAUAAGACACAAGUUGAAGUUUCUAGCCUCACUGUUCAGGCUACAUCUCCAACACCAUCCCUUCAGCCAGCCACCUCAGCUCCACUCCAUAAGCGCGGACCACCACCAGGCUUCGGGACUCAGCCCCGCCCUCCUUGCUCUUAUUGCCAUGAUACAAACCAUGCUCGUGCAACUUGUUGGAAGUUGUAUCCACACCUUAGACCCCAACGGCCUAAUUAUCGUCCUAAGGCGAAAGCAGCUAUUCAAUUAGUCCCGGAACCAGAUAUCUAUGGUGUGGUUGGACAUGAUCAUCAUACAACAGGAGGAGCAACACCCACAUCAUCAAUAGCUGGUCGUGUUGAAAUCGAACAUUGGAGAAGCUUGAGCAGCAAGGAGUAGACUGGAAGCAUUCUCAUCAAUCACUCAAUCAGUAUCAUUCAAGUUAGUUUCUUCAUUCUUUACCGAUAAGGAUCUUGGUUUUUUCUAGUUUCUACCCUUUCACUGCAUUGUGUUUUAAGCAUCACUGCAUAUCUCCUAAAGAGGGUAGAAAGAACUACUCCCCAACUCCCCAAGAGAGGUUUUUCACAAGCACAGUUUUGAAGAUCAAAAUGAUUUUAUAGGUCUGUCAAAAUUUCUGCUUCCCUUGUCGUUUGGGCUAAGCCAGAUUCACUGUGCUUAGAUAAUCCAUGUGUCCUUCCAAUUUCCAAAGUCAAUUCCACAUUUUCCCCGAAUGUUUCAAUGUUAGUCAACAUGGAAUUCUUCUCAAAGACUCGGACUUCUUCGUAGAACCAAUAACAGCACUAUUGGGUCCGAUUUGAGGUGCUGCUGAACAGCGUCGUUCUUCAUCGCCGUCGUCACUUCUUAUCUUACAGUGUUCCUUAA